AUGGGCCUUGUAUGGAGCUUGAUAUUCUGGGGUUCCGCUAGUCCGGCUCAGAGUGUUAGCUACACUGACUCACUCUUUCUCUGCGUGAGUGCAAUGACUGGGGCCGGCUUGAAUACUGUCAAUCUCUCUACUGUCAAUUCUUUCCAACAAGCAAUCCUCUUCGGUCUCAUUGUUCUGGGUCAUCCGAUUCUUAUCUCAAGCACUGUCCUCUUCGUCCGGAAGCGUGCUUUUGAAACCAGGUUUCGCAGCAUUGUUCAGGCAGUUGCACGAAAUCGCUCAACUUCCCAUCAGGGGAUCCACCUAUCCAGGAUUGCAAAGAAGGCUUUAGCAACAGGCGAUAACGGACAUGCAUCUGGGAAUAAAGAUUCAGCAGCGGACGGCGCGACAGUGGACCACCCAGCCCCAACAGCUUCUGGAAUUACUUCCUUGAAUAAUGAGACACGCUCCCACAGUAACUUGAAUGAUAUCGAUGCUAUCAGAUGGGUUGAUGACGAUCAAAUCACCGUUCAAUCACAUACGCGGAACAAAACCAGACAUCGCGUAUUUCCCAUGGCCGGCGUAGGUGCACGUCCAGACGCUAGAGACCCUAAAGACGCCGCGCCUAGCUUUGUUGCUGAUGAGGAACGAAGACCAUCCUUAAUUGAAAGCAUUACCAAAGGCUCUCAAAGAUUUUUUCUUUCAAAAGGCUUGGUAUCUCGCAACUCGCAGUUUCAUGGUCUCACCGCUGGCGAGCGCGAGAAGCUCGGCGGUGUGGAAUACAAAGCGAUUUGUUUGCUUUCAGUUAUUGUUCCUUUGUACUUUGUCCUAUUCAAUAUGCUUGGAUUUCUAGGACUGGGUACUUGGCUUGCUGUCAACAGACCUAGCACUGCUCGUGAAAACGGACUGAGCCCUUUUUGGACUGGCUCAUUCCUGGCCAUAUCUGCCUUCGGAAAUAACGGCAUGUCUUUACUUGAUCUGAAUAUGACAGCACUGCAGACUUGUUCUUAUGUGCUGCUCACUAUGGGAUUCCUAAUCCUCGCUGGAAACACACUAUAUCCUUGUUUCCUGCGAUUUAGUAUAUGGACUAUGAGACAUAUUCUACCACGAACAAAGUGGUGCGAAGAGUGGAAAAUCGUUCUCGACUUCAUUUUGGAUCAUCCACGCCGAGUAUAUACUCAUCUUUUCCCGAAACGGCAUACUUGGUAUCUCCUUGCUACAAUCAUCCUCUUCAACGGCAUUGAUUGGGCCGGCUUCGAACUCUUGUCUAUAGGCAACACAGCCGUACAGAGUCUUGGUGGAUAUCGCAUAUUGGACGGACUGUUCCAGGCUUUGGCUGUUCGUUCCGGCGGUUUCUAUGUUGUCAAUAUCGCCGAAUUGCAUCAAGGCCUGCUCGUUCUUUAUGUGCUUAUGAUGUAUGUUUCCGCGUUUCCAGUCUUGGUGACCAUACGAAACACGAAUGUCUACGAAGAGCGAUCUCUCGGAAUAUACGCGAACGAUCAUCUCGCUGAAGAUCAGCGACAUCACGCUUCUUUGGGCAGUUUUGUCAGCCACAUCAAAGCCAUAAUAUCGCCACCAUCAAUUGAGAAGCAGGACCAGCACCGUGGCACAUCCCAAAGCGAUGAAAAUAAUACCUCGCGAAGCUACUUCGUUCGACAACAGCUACGUUCCCAGCUUAGCCAUGAUAUAUGGUGGAUCUGCCUGGCGGUAUUGUUCAUCACAAUCGCAGAAGCACCCCACUUCACAGAUGAUCCGGUCUCAUACUCUACUUUCAACAUCAUCUUUGAGGUAGUCUCGGGCUACGGUUGUGUUGGUAUAUCUGUCGGUCUUCCGGACCAAAAUUACUCAUUCUGUGGUGGUUGGUACACCAUCAGCAAAUUAAUAUUGAUUGCGGUGAUGCUACGGGGUCGUCAUCGAGGUUUGCCUGUUGCCAUUGACAAGGCUGUUAUGUUACCCGAUGAGUCUUUGGCUUGGGCGGAGGAAGAGGAUGCUGCGAUGAGAUUGGAGGGGGCUAGGUCGUGGAAUGCUGCCCACGGAAGUGCUUAUGAUGGAAAGAAUGAUAAUAUCGUUUGA